AGCCUUUUUCUCUUAAUUAAAAAAGGGUUCUUCCGUGAAUUUAUUUAUUUAAUUCCAUUAAAAACCGGAAGAUCCCUCUAACUUAGUUUCUAAUUCACUUUGAUUUCAUAUAGUUUUCCAAAUUGAUUCUUCAAUUUUAAUUUUCAAUUAACUAGGGUAAUAAUAAUAUGGGGGGUAUAUUCUUUGAAUCAAGUACGGGUGCUUCGCAUACUGAAGAUUUUCUCGUCGAUAAUGGCGGUAAAGACAAUAAGAAGAAGAAGCGAAGAUCGAGAAGAUCCAAGCAGAAUUGCUCUCUCUCAGCUUGUAGUUCUGCAAGUGAAAUAUGCACAUAUGAGUCGAGAUUGCUCGGAGACGACACCUCGUCAAAUCACGUUGUUUCGAGUGGGCAUAAUCAACAGGAAAUAGAAUGUAAUGUGGAUUUAAGAUCGAUGCCUGAAGUCCAUUUAAACAAACAAGUUGCAGAUGAGAAUCUAAAGAUUCGGCCAUCCGUUACGAAUGUGAUUCACGAAGAGCCUGAUACUGUGGGGCCCAUUUUGAUUGCCCGACCAGUUGAUAAUCACGCUCGACGGAAAGUCUACCCUCCGCAUUUGUCGGCAGAAGCUGUUAGUAAAGGAUUAGAGGUUAACGAAGGUGGAUUACUGAGUGCAAUUUUUCAUGUCAAUGCUCACAACAGUCUCGAGGCCUACUGCAAGAUUGAUGGAGUACAAAGUGAUGUUCUUAUUAGUGGGAUGAUGGCUCAAAAUAGAGCUAUUGAAGGCGACACUGUUGCUAUUGUCAUUGAUCCUCCUUCAUUAUGGCCACGAAUGAAAGGCUCAAACGAAAUUCCGAACAAUCCCAAUUCUUUGCAGCUGCAUCAAGCUCUUGUACAGAUAGGGUGUGACAGUGCAUGUUCCACUAGUAACAUGGUUAUUCAGGACAAUGGUGCUUGUCAUGAAAAUGGGCCCGUUUCUUAUGGAGAUGGGUUUUCGGAUAAUGCUUUGUCUCGUGAUGCAUACGAGUCGAUGAAUACGUUGGAGAAGUUGUGCACUUUAGUAAGUUUGCUUCCCUCAAAACGACCAACCGGUAGAGUUGUGGCUGUCAUGGAAAAAUCUCCACGUAGGAAUAAUGUCGUCGGUUUUCUGAGUGUGAAACAAUGGAUUUACAGUCGAGAGAGCAAAAGAAGAAACCCCAGAAAGAACAAACACCAAGCCGAUGUUGACGAUGGCUAUAUUUUAUUGAUUCCGAACGAUCCCAAAUUAACCAAAAUGAUGGUCUGUGUGGAGAAUCUUCCUGGAAGCAUCCGGAUGUUUCUGGAAGCUGGUGAUUUGACUAUCGAGACUUUCCUAGUCGCAGCAGAAAUCGUUGAUUGGCCUGACGAAAGUUACAUUCCUGAAGCUUCUGUUAUUCAGACUUUCGGAAGAGGUAGCGAUAUUGACGCUCAGAUUGCCGCAAUUUUAUUUGAACACGCAAUUGAUGCGUCGGAUUUUUCUUCCGAAGCACUUCUGUGCGUUCCGAAAAUCCCAUGGAAAAUCCCGCAUGAUGAAUUACAAAGUCGAAGAGAUUUGAGAAAAUCGUGUAUUUUCACUAUAGACCCUGCCACUGCUAGUGAUCUUGAUGAUGCCUUAUCGGUUGAAAGACUGCCGAACGGUGUUUUUAGGGUGGGGGUGCACAUAGCGGAUGUUUCAUAUUUUGUUUUGCCUGAUACACCUCUAGAUGGAGAUGCUAGAAUUCGUUCGACAAGUGUUUACUUAUUGCAGCGUAAAUUGUCAAUGUUGCCCCCAUUGCUUUCGGAUAAUUUAGCAUCGCUCAAUCCUGGUGUGGAUAGACUUGCGUUUUCUAUCUUCUGGGACAUUGAUUCUGCGGGAGUAAUUCUAGACCGUUGGAUCGGACGUACUGUAAUACACUCUUCUUGCAAGCUCUCUUACGAGCAUGCUCAGGAGAUUAUUGAUGGGGCAUUUGAUGCCAAGAAUACUAAAUUGUAUGGCCAAUUUGAAUGGUGUGAUGUUAUUAAAUCUGUAAAAUGUCUUCACGAAGUUUCGAAAUUGUUGAAAGAGAAUAGGUUCAGGAGUGGGGCGCUGUCGCUCGAGAGCCCAAAAAUUGGGUUUUUAUUUGAUGAGGAAGGCUUACCGUACGAUACGGUGGUGACCGGGCGAAAAGACUCGAAUUUUCUCGUGGAGGAGUUGAUGCUCUUGGCGAAUAAAACAGCUGCAGAAGUGAUAACUCGAGCUUAUCCAUCUUGUGCUCUGUUAAGAAGGCACCCCGAACCAAAUGCACGAAAGCUUCUAGAAUUCGAAGCCUUCUGUGGCAAACAUGGUUUGAAACUCGAUACUUCUUCCUCUGUAUACAUGCACAAUUCUCUAGAGCAAAUAAGAGAGGAGCUAAAGAAUGACUCAUCAUUAUUCGAUAUAUUGAUGUCUUAUGCUGCUAGGCCUAUGCAGUUGGCUUCUUACUUCUGCAGUGGUGAUUUGAAGCAUAACAAUGGUGAGUGGUGCCAUUACGCUCUUGCGGUACCACUUUAUACACACUUCACUUCUCCGCUUCGGAGGUAUUCAGAUAUUGUAGUGCACCGUACAUUAGCUGCCGUUCUUGAUGUGGAGGAUAAUUUCCGGAAGGGAAAAAGAAGGUCCCGGAAGAAGUUUACCGAACGAGAAGUUGUGAAUGGCUUCUUCUUGACUGGUUUGAGUGUUUGUGAAGAGGAAGUCGAAUCGGUUGAGGCUAGAGAAGCUUUGGGUGUUGCGGCGAAAAAGUAUGGAGUUUUUUCUACGGAGAAUCUAAGUGUUGUGGCUGCUCAUUGUAAUGAGAAGAAGCUUUCGAGCAGACGUGUGAAGGAUGCGAUUGAUAGGUUGUACAUGUGGGCUUUGCUGAAAAGGAAAAAGAUAUUGUAUUCCGAGGCUAGGGUAUUGGGUCUCGGACCGAAGUUCAUGUCUAUAUAUAUCUCCAAGCUAGCUAUUGAGAAGCGCAUAUAUUAUGACGAAGUUGAAGGCCUGAAAGCUGAGUGGCUCGUUGCCACGUCAUCGCUAUUGCUCAACCACUCGAUUCACAAGAGACCCAAUCGGAAAGGUAGCCCGAGCAAAUUCAGGCCAAUCGAUGAAACUGCAAUGAUUGUUAGUCCAAUUGAUUUGGAGAUGGAGAAAACCAAUAAUCUAGAACCUUCCGUUUUUCCACUCACAUUGCAUCUCCUAUCGACAAUCCCUGUUGCUCUCCACGCUAUCGGUGGUGAUGAUGGGCCCCUCGAUAUCGUUGCUAGGCUUUACGUCAGUUCGUAUUUUCAUUAACAUUUUGGACUUUUCUCGCGCUAGUGUUCCACAAAUUGGGUACCGGAAAAAAAAAAGAAAAAAAAAAUGAUCUUAGUGAAGUGUAGAAUUUAGAGAUACGGCGGCUGUUUUUAGAUAUAAGCUGCUGCUUGUGGGGAGAAGGGUUGUUUUUUUAUUGGCCACUUCUUCCCGGUAUAACCUGGUUUAUUUUCGCGUCGCUUUAUGUGUUAGUUUAAUCGUGACUAUUGAUUGUUGGAGAUGGAGUUAUUUGUUCGUAAAAGGAUCAACUUUUCGCUGGUUUGGUGCCCGAUAUAUUUUUUAGGGUCGGGUGUUCCUCGAUUGAUGGUGGUGAUGAAACGUUAUAUUUGGUUUCCGUGUAAAUUUGGCUGUCGUAUGAGGGAGUUUAUUGAUGAAAGAGAUAUUUGUUGCUACUUUAUAAGACAGAUGCUCUUUAUAUUUGUUUUGAGCAAUUGGUAUGCUUUUAUGGUGUAAGAGAUUAUUAAACUGUGCCUUUGUUAUUAUGAUGUAUAAGCUGUUGAAUCAAGAAACUAUGGCCGAAAAUCAAAUAAAGCUAUUUGAGUUU